AUGGGUUGUAACCUUGGUUGUAACAGUGUUCGAGUUGCACCAGUAAUAGAUCCAAGUCCAGUCCCAGAUCCAGUACCUGAUGUCAUUCAUGAAUCAACAAAACAACCAAUAACAAACUCAAAUGAUUCUGAAGGAAAAAGGAACUCUAAAAAACGUAAAAAUUCUUUAACUAAGAAUCAUAUUCAACAGAUUGAUGAUAAUCAACAAUCAGCUGAUUCUCUCAUCAAUACACAAAUAAAUCCUAUGAUUGGCAAUUUAGACAAAGGCAAUGAUUUUGUUGAAAUUGAAGUUGCUGACCCACAAGCAUUUCAUAAUUUAUUUAUUCAACAACGUCAACACGCGAUUGACAAUCAAUCUUAUCAUUUAACUAUUCAAUCAUGGCGUCCAAAUUCACUUGAACAAUUAGUUAAUGCUGUAAAAUCUUUAUCAAAAAAUAAAUCGUUAAUAGAUUGCCAUUGGAUUAUUUUCUAUUGGGUUACAUUGAAUAUUGAAUACGAUACUGUGGCCUAUUUUAGCAAAAACUAUCAAGAUCAAACAGCUGAAGGUGUGUUUCGAACAAAGAAAGGUGUUUGUGCUGGUUAUGCAAAUAUAUAUAAAUAUCUAUGUGAUCAAUUGAAUAUGCCAUGUGAAAAGAUCAGUGGUUAUUCAAAAGGUUAUGGAUUUGAUGAACGUGAAGGUGCACCGAAUGAGACUGAUCAUGCAUGGAAUGCUGUUGAUAUUGAUAAUCAUUGGUAUUUGAUUGAAUCAACAUGGGGUGCUGGACAUCUUACAGAACAAAAAAUGUUUCAACGUGAAUUAAAUUCUUAUUAUUUUUUUGCUCAUCCCAAUGAAAUGAUUUAUCAUCAUUUACCUGAAAAUGACAAAUGGCAAUUAUUACGAAAACCCAUUAAAAUGAAACAAUAUUUACAAAUGCCAAAAAUUCAUCCUAUUUACUUUCAAUUGAAUCUUGAUUUGAUUAGUCCACGUAAUCAAGCUUAUGUUGAUUUUCUUCCAGAAAAAUCGUAUGCAUUACUUCUUAUACAAGCACCAUCUGAUGUUCAACUUAUAGCAGAUUUAAAAUUGAAUAAUAAAAAAAUUGAAGGUGGUGAUCAUGUUGUAUUUGAUAACAAGAAACAAAUGUAUUAUUGUUAUUUUGCUCCGAAUACUAUUGGUAAACAUAAAAUUACAAUAUAUGGAAAACGAGAUGAUACAGAAGGUAAAUAUCAUGGAGCGCUUGAUUUAACUCUUGAUGUUAAUGAAAUACCAAAAAAUCCUAUAAGUUAUCCAAAAACAUGGCCAAUAUUUUUCGAUUUAAAUCUAAAUGUAAUUUCGCCGAAAAAAACACAUUUGAUUAAAUUACAUAAUGGACAAGCACACACAGAAAUUCAAAUUCAAGCACCUAAGAAUGUCGAAUUACUUGGUCAACUUGUUAAUAUUGAUGGAAACAUUAUACAAGGUGGAGAUCAAAUAUUUUAUGAUCGACAUAAAAAUCGAUGGCGAUGCAACUUUGCACCGAAUCAUGAUGGAAUGUUCGAUGCUCAAAUUAUGGCUAGAAAAAAAUCCGAUACAGGUAGUUACACAUCUGCAGUAACAUUUAAAAUCGAAGCUAAAAAUAUUCCCACACCACCAUUAUCUUAUCCGCAUACGUGGCCGCUCUUCUUUGAACUUGAUCUUAAAAUAGAAUCACCACGAAAUCGUGCUACUGCUGUAUGGCCAGAAAAUGCAUCUUUCACUGAAAUUCGUAUGUCAGUACCCAAUGAUGUUGAACUCUCAUGUGACAUUGAGUUUAAUGGCAAGAAAGAAAACAAUUGUGCAUUAGCACAGUUUGAUAAUGACAAAAAACAAUGGCAACUUUUGUUUGCACCUCAACGUACAGGUCUACAUAGACUCAUGGUUUUUGCUCGACGCCAAUCGGAUUCUGAUACAACGUUCCAUGGGGCUGUGCGAUUCGAUCUCAACGUAACAAAACUUCGAAAACCAAUUAAGUUUCCUUUAACAUACACUAAAUUUCGAACUGAUAAAUGUCGAAUUUAUGAACCACUUCAUGGUGUACUUAAGAAAGAUACUAUUGUGCCAAUUCAUUGUUUUAUUCCUGGAGCAACGACUGUUGACUUACAAGUUGACUCCAAAUGGAUUAAGACAAAAGGAUAUGAAGAUCCUAUUUUAAAAACAGAAAUAACUGUCGGUUCAAAAGAUGUAACUAUCUAUGCUAAAUAUGGCCAAGAUACAAGCUAUGAUGGACUUGUUGAAUAUUCUGUUGAGUAG